AUGAUAACGGCUGAGCGGAAAUACAGUCCUGUUGAACGUGAAUGUCUAGCGUUGGUGUGGUGCAUCACAAAAUUGCGUCUCUAUUUAUACGGUCAGCAUUUCACAUUGCUAACAGACCACCAUCCACUUUGCUGGCUCAACAAACAAACAUCGAAAAAUGGUCGUCUUGAUCGGUGGGCGUUGCAAUUACAAGACUACGAAUUCUCCAUCAAGCAUGUGCCAGGAAAACACAAUUGUGUUGCUGAUUGCCUAUCUCGUUAUCCAAUGUCAUCACCUGAUGAUCUAGUUCAACAAAAAUUGGAUGAAGUUUGUAUCAUCACAGCAAAUCCAUGA